AUGUUGAAGCCACAAGUUCAUAAUCACCAAUCACACUUUCCAAUAAGCCUGAUUCCACUGCCCAAACCAUUCAUUCAUGGCAAGAACCAGGCCUCCUUCCUUGGCCAGCAGUCGAGUUUUAGACUCAACAACAAAGCACCCAUUAAUGUGAAGGUUAGGUUUAAUCCAGCUCGUAACAUCAAAGCCAUAGCAGGUGUUGACGCUGAACAGUCUGUUAAGGUCAAGGGUGUUGUGACUGUGAUUCCAACUGUUGGUGGAUUCCUCACCAAUGUAGGGAUAGAACGAGGGAUUGAUGAUAUUAAAGAUUUGUUUGGUAAAUCAAUCCUCUUGGAGCUUGUUAGUGCCGAACUCGACCCAAAGACGGGACAAGAGAAGAUAAUCAAAGCAUAUGGUCACAAGAGCAGUCAAGAUAAUGGGGAAGUGAAGUACGAGAGUGAGUUUGAAGUUCCGGGAAAGUUCGGAGAGAUUGGAGCUGUUUAUGUGGAAAAUGAGCACCACACGGAGAUGUAUUUGAAGGACAUAGUCCUUGAUGGAUUCCCUAAUGGUCCUGUUACUUUCACUUGUGGUUCAUGGGUCCACUCCAAGUUCGAUAACAAACAAAAGAGGGUGUUCUUCACUAACAAGUCGUACUUGCCGUCGCAGACGCCAAGUGCGUUGAAGAGACUGAGAGAGGAAGAGCUUGUGAUAUUGCGAGGUAAUGGCCAAGGAGAGCGCAAGACUGGUGAAAGGAUUUAUGAUUACGAUGUGUACAACGACCUUGGUGAUGAUGAGGACAAGGUCAGGCCAGUGUUGGGUGGCAAAGACCAUCCUUACCCGAGGCGUUGUAGAACAGGUCGCCCUCGAUGUGAGAAAGAUGCAUCGUUUGAGACGAGAAGCCUGCAAUUCUACGUGCCUCGUGAUGAAGAAUUUGCUGAAGUAAAGCAAUUAACAUUUUCGGCGAAGACACUUUACUCAGCAUUGCAUGCAUUGCUGCCAUCGCUAGAAUCUGUUCUGAUUGACAGUAACCUUGGAUUCCUAUUGUUCUCCGACAUAGAUCAGCUGUUCAGUGAAGGAGUCAGCUUGCCUCCUCUGCAAAAACCAGGGUUUUUGCAAGCUCUGCCCAGGCUUCUCAAGACAAUUUCUGAAAAAAGUGACGUGUUUUUGAACUUUGAGACCCCAGAAUCAAUGAAUAGAGACAGAUUUUUUUGGUUUAGAGAUGAGGAAUUUUCUCGACAAACUCUUGCUGGUCUCAACCCAUACUGCAUACAGUUGAUCACGGAGUGGCCGCUGAAGAGUAAACUCGACCCUAGUGUCUAUGGUCCACCAGAAUCAGCCAUCACCACCGAAAUAAUCGAGCGAGAAAUCAAAGGGUUCAUGACAGUUGAUGAGGCCAUACAACAAAAGAAGCUAUUCAUCAUAGAUUACCAUGACAUGUUAUUACCAUAUGUGAGCAAAAUAAGAGCGCUCGAAGGCACAACUCUAUAUGGUUCGCGAGCAUUGUUCUUCCUGACACCGGAUGGUUCAUUGAAGCCACUAGCCAUUGAGCUGGUACGUCCGCCGAUGGAUGACAAGCCUCAAUGGAAGGAAGUGUACACCCCUUGUUGGCAUUCUACAGGUUGCUGGCUUUGGAGGCUUGCCAAAGCUCAUUUUCUGGCUCAUGACUCUGGUUAUCACCAACUUGUUAGCCAUUGGCUAAGAACACAUUGUAGUACAGAACCCUACAUAAUUGCAACGAAUCGGCAACUCAGUGUGAUGCACCCAAUCUAUAGAUUAUUACACCCACAUUUUCGGUACACGAUGGAGAUCAAUGCUCUUGCGCGACAAUUGUUAAUCAAUGCAGAUGGGAUCAUUGAGUCUUCAUUCUCACCCGGCAAGUACUCUAUGGAGAUUAGCUCUGUUGCCUAUGAUCAGGUAUGGCGCUUUGACUAUGAGGCCUUACCCAAAGACCUAAUUAGAAGGGGGGUGGCUGUUGAGGAUCCAACGGCUCCACAUGGGGUGAGGCUAAUAAUAGAAGACUAUCCUUUUGCCAAUGAUGGUCUACUCUUAUGGGAUGCCAUCAAACAAUGGGUCAGUGAGUAUGUCAAUCACUACUAUCCAGACCCAAGUCUAAUUCAGUCUGAUGCAGAGAUCCAGGCAUGGUGGACUGAAAUUCGCACCGAGGGCCAUGCAGAUAAAAAGGAUGAACCAUGGUGGCCUGAACUCAAAACACCACAAGACCUUAUUGAAAUCGUCACCACCAUUGUAUGGGUUACCUCUGGUCACCACGCGGCAGUGAAUUUUGGUCAGUAUAACUAUGCAGGAUAUUUUCCAAAUAGGCCUACCAUUGCUAGAACCAAAAUGCCAACUGAAGAUCCAACCGACGAAGAGUGGAAAGCUUUCUUAGAUAAACCUGAAGUGCAGCUUCUGAGGACCUUCCCUACACAGUUACAAGCAACAAAAGUGAUGACUGUUUUGGAUGUUCUGUCCAAUCACUCUCCAGAUGAGGAGUAUCUUGGAGAGUAUAUGGAGGCACCAUGGGGUGAAGAUCCCUUUAUAAAGGCAGCUUUUGAAAAGCUCAACGGGAGGUUAAAGGAGAUUGAAGGAAUCAUCGAUGAGCGAAACGCUAAUAAGAAAUUUGUUAACAGAAAUGGAGCAGGUAUCACGCCAUAUGAGCUGUUGAAGCCAUUUUCAGGGCCCGGGGUCACAGGGAAGGGAGUGCCAUACAGUAUCUCCAUCUGAGUUGGAGUAAAGUUUUCCGUAAGUGUAGGCGAAUAAUGAAUAGUAUGUGCUUUUGUACCUUGAGUUGCAGCUCCAAGUUUAUGAGCAGAUAUAUCCUUUCAGUCUACUUGUUCCUUUUAUUAUGUACCCCUGUGCUGUAUCCAAAUAUUCAAAUGAAAUGGUGUUGUUUCUGCCCAAAU